AUGGUGGGCACAGGUGUGCCAUGCAAAGUGUUCUCCUACCUAGCUGAGAAUUGCCACCCAGUUCGCACAACCGAAAGUGGGGCAAAAUGCAGGAAACGACAUGGCCAUUGUUUGCACGUGACUGCUGGCAAUCACAGCAAUCAUACCAGCCCAGAUGGGCGGGUGUUUAAGUGCAGCAAGAGCUGUGUGUGCACAGUACAUUGCCUUCCAGAAGCACUUCCCAUGGUGGCCUUGGCCAACGCCCGCCCAGUUUGCAUGCACACCAUGUUGUCACACAAGAGCGGCUCAGGGUGUGCAACUUCAAUGCAUGAUGGCCUGCUUGGCCUGCAUGGAUUCUCUGUUGAGGGUUGCACACGAUUGCACGUGCGGACUUGA